UGACACCGUGCAACGAAAACGCAUUCAAAAUGGCUGGAGGUUGACUUCUCAUAAAUAACGACGCUUCGGUUUAAGACCAGAUUUCUUCGGAUUUGUUUACAGAGCAGACAUUUUUCUCAUGCUGAUGUGGUUCCUUUUAAUUCUGACUUAAAUCCAGUUGAAGGAAAGUUGACUUUGGAGAUAUAUUUUGACUUAACAAGCGACUGUUUUUGUGAGGGCAGAUCCUUCAGAGCUUCAGCUCCAUCAUGGCUUUCCACUACUGCCCACAGUGCGGCUCUAAACUGCAGCCGGGCUUUAAGUUCUGUCCGUCGUGUGGAGAGAAGCUGCCCUGCCCUGCCCUGUUAGAUCUCCCUGAAUCCACACACAUGGAGUGGUCAGCAGAACCCGAGCCGGAGCCGGUGUUGAAGGUCAGCUCACAGGUCCAGGCUCAGAGCAUGACAGAUUCUGCAAGGCGUAUGGAAAAUUCUGAUCUGGACUAUGCUUCUGGAGAUCCUUCGUCCUCCUUCUCCUCUUCCUCCUCAUCAGCACUGAUUCGCUCUCCCAUCAAACCCCCACUGAGAUCCGCCAUGAGGAAAUCCUGUCCACGUCUGUCCACACCUCCCAAACCUGCAGCAAUCAAGGAUCAGAGCGCGGUCUCGUCUCCACGGAAACGAAAAGCGGCGCUGGAAACCAAAGAAGAGGAAGUGCACACGGCUGUGACAUGUCAGUCUCCUCAGACUCCGCCCUCAGGCAAAGUGAAGCGGACGAAGCGAGCGAGUGCCGUGGAGCCUGUGCAGGAAGGACUGGUGUUAUGUGACCAGUCAGGAAAGAAGUGGACGCUCGGGAAGCUGUUGAGUCAGACGGACGUGGAGCUGAUGUAUGAAGUGCAACAGGCUGGUGUACGGAGCUCAUCUAAUGAAAUGAAACACAUAAUGAGAUUGGGUACAAAAGAUGGACAGCUGUUUAAUGAACAGAAUUUUCUCCAAAGAGCUGCCAAACCUGCUGCAGUGGAGAGAUGGAUGAAGACCCACAGGUUGAACUUCCUCGGAAUUCCAUCAAGUGUUGGUUUUGGUCUCCAUGAAACAUACAGGUUUUUGAUAUUUCCUGAUAUGGGCUGCACGCUGCAGUCACUUCUGGACACACAGACGGCGAGUCUCAGUGAGAGAGAAGUCCUGAAGCUGGCGCUGCGAUUACUGGACGCGCUGGAGUACCUCCAUGAAAAUGAGUACGCUCAUGCAGACCUCCAUGCAGGAAACGUCUACAUCAGGACAGAGGGAGAUUCUCAGGUUUUUCUGUCAGGUUUUGCUCACACAUUCCGGUUCUGUCCAGGAGGGAAUCAUGUGGAAUACCGGGAAGGCGGCCGGACGCCACACCAAGGAAACCUUAACUUCAUCAGUGUAGAUUCACACAAAGGGGCCGGUCCAUCUCGGCGCAGUGAUCUACAGUCUCUAGGUUUUUGUCUGCUCUUCUGGUUGACCAACACACUGCCCUGGAGUUCCAUCAUCACUCAGCCAGGCUCAGCUAUUUCUGCUCAGAAGGAAAGGUACAUGAACGAUGUUCCUGAAUUAAUGAAACACUGUUUUAAAAAGAAGAAAGUUUCAGGUGCCUUACAGAGUUACCUGUCUCAGGUGAUGAGCCUAUAUUACACAGAGAAGCCCAAUUACUCUGAGCUGAAGCUGGGGCUUAACGAGGCUUUAAAGCAGUCAGGUGGAUCUCUGAAUGAGCCUCUGGCUUUCAGGUGAAGAAAACAGAGUGAGAAGAGGUGACUCCAGAGGUGACUCCAGAGGUGACCCCAGAGGUGACCCCAGACUGCCUUGAGUUUUAUAAUAAAUCAUUUGCUUUUAGAGGAAACGGGAUUGUUCUCACGACGUGUUCAGGGUGUGUGUGUGUGUGAAACAUUUUAAACCACAGGACUGUCACUGUGGAUUGAUUUUGAUGUUGGAGCCAUCGACACUGGUUCAGAAACGGACAUCACUGGUGGUGUUAAUGGUGUUAAAGGUUUUGAUAGUUUUAUUUUUAAUAGUAGUUAUUAAUCAUUGUUAAGUGUGUGCAUUUGACAAUAAACCAUUUUAUUUA